AUGCUGCUCUGCAGGGCUCCCUCCGGGCGGGUGGGCAACCCCGGCCGGCCCCUCUGCCCUGGGCUGCACCUGCAACUGAGCAGAGGUCUCGGGCACAACCCUGCACACCUUCUCCGCAUCCCUCAUCCCCACCCCGUUCUGGGGAGAACCACCAUGUUCUUCCGCUGCCUCGGCCCGUCUUCCCCGCACGGGCGGCCGCGGCCGGCCCUCCCUCGGCCCCUCGGCCCGGGGGGCCGCUCCCUCCUCCGGGCCGCCGCGGCCACGGGCACCUCCCCGCGGGCCCGCUCGCUCCCGGCCCCUGCCCGAGCGGGUCCUGCGAGCCCCGGGGACGCCCGGGGAGAGGAGGCCGCGGCCCCUCCGGCGACGGGCAGAGCGAUCCGCCCCCGCCCGGCCGGCCCGGAGCCGCCGGCCCGGGCAGCCCCGGCCGCCACCGGGCCGGGAGGAAGCGACCCCACCGCAUGCAACCUCCGGUCCCCAUGCGACACACCUGCUGCGGCCGGAGCCGGCGGGCUCGGGCAGGGCUACGGCCCGCGGCGCGGCCCGGCCCCGCGACGGAGGAACAUAAUGGCAGGAGGCUGCGGGGCUGGGCGGUGGGGGUGGGGGUGCUCGGCGGCACAGAUGGGGAGACGCUCCCGUGUGAUUCCGUGUGGAACGGCUCCCUGGAGAGUGCCGGGGGCGGGGAGGCUGCGGGGCCGCCGGGCGCCGCGGGGCCGGGGCCGGGUCGCGGCCUCCCGCAGCCCGGGCAGGUCGGGGGUCCCGCCCGGAGCGGGACCGAGCGGGGCCGGCGGGCAGGGCCGAUCUCCCCGGGGCCGGGGCAGCCCCGGGAGGCGCUCCCCGAAGCCCUCCGGGCGCUCCCGGGGCCAGAGCGCUUCAGGCCUCGAAGGGCAGCGGGGGAAGACGCCCGGCCGCCGCUCCGCUUCCAGGCCAACAAAGGACGGGAGGAGCCACACGCUGCCACCUCCGCCGGCGCUGCGGCCGCUGUGCCCGGGCCCGGCCGGGGUCACCCUGCGGGCCCGGGGCGCGGCCGGGAACCGUGUCCCGGAGCAGUGCUGCCCUGCCUCGCACACCCCGGCACCGGGCGCUGCCUCCCACCAGCCGCCUUUGUUGGCUGCGGAGCAUCCUGGCGGCAUCGCCAUUGCUCGGAAGGGCAGGACGAGAGCCUUUCUUCUCUCUCUUACCGCUGUGCAGCACCAUUUCCAGAAUGUAAACCUUGGCAUGCGGAUCGCUUUAUUGGAUCACAUUAAUGGCUUUAAACGCAUAACACCCGCCUCACAUUUAUACUCUGAGCAUAUAGCACAGUACAUAUUCUGGCUGAAAUAAUGCCGGUUUAUGAACAUCUCUUACGAGCCUCUCGGCGAGGCACCGAGUCCCAAAGGCCUUCUGCUCGAGCACAGCUCCUGCUGGCAGGCUGCCCCUGAAGCUGUGCCCGCAGGUAUCGUCGGGCAGGGAAUUAUCCAUCGGGCUGGCCCAUGCCCUGGCGGCCCCACCCCAGCCCACGGGACUUCCCCACGUACAAAUUCUGACUUGUCCAAUGAACCAAAACAGCAGCAAACUGCUCUGUGGCAAACUGUGGCAAUCAGUGAGUCUGACAAGUUUAUAGAAUGUGAAUUUAAUAAAUCGAUUUGGGGAUUUAUAUAAAAAACCCAAAUGGAUUUGUGUUCUGCACUAGUUUUAACAUUCAAGAAGGGCCAUGAAAUUCAGCUUGCACAAGCUCAUCCUGCAAGGGACUUGCAGAAUUAAGCCAUAAUAUUUAUAGCACCCUAUUUCUUCCCAAUUAACCAGGAAACUGAUUUGAUUAAAGUGAAAACCAAAUUCUGUUUACUUACAUUGCAUUUCUGUGGUUGGCUUGCAUAAUAGCAUAAAGAAGAUGGCAGCUGUUACUACCACUCUGGUAUUAAUAUCAGAACUGUUAAUCGAUUUCACAGUUUAUACAUGGCACAAAGGUCCUUGUGCAUGCUGCCUUUCACACAGAUUUAUUUGUUUUCCUCCCAGCAAGGUGUCCUUGACAUGGCAGAAAAAGUCCGUCACCCUCAGUAUUUGAUUUUAAAAAUAAAAUAAGAGAAUUUUAAGUAUGAUUUACAAGCAGUGCCAGCCUGAUGGCUCUUCUCCAGUGGCUUUUUAAUUCAAGCACACAAAGUAACAGGCAAUUGCAUAGUGAGUGUUCCUACAAGCAUCACUUCUGUGCUGGGAGGCUUUGGGGGUUUUUUAGCAGGUUGACCUUACAUCUUAGCUCUGAGGUCUUAGACCAGAGGUCCACCAGACACUGUGCCACAUAAUCCUGGGAAGCUGUGGUGGAAGAAAUUCUGUUUGUUUAGGUUAUCCCGUUUUCUCCCUUGGCUUUGCAGUGCCCGGGAUCAAAGCCCCUGACCCCGCUGUCCUCGCGAGCAGCCUCUGUCCUGACGUGAAACCAUCACCAGGGAUCCUUCCACCUGGACUGCAGCUCUGAGAUGGGACCUCUGCUCCCCUGCCCUGACGGAGCCGUGCAGUCCCAACUCCCACACCACGUAUUGCAUUCUCCAGGAAGCAGAUGCCUGUGCUGUGGCACCAGUACCUGCAGCACUGACCGCGCUGAGCUCAGGAUCAGAAAUACAUCCCUGCAUACCGGGGUAAGUGGACUACCUGAGUGUUUCCAGUGUAAAACCCUGAGCUGCAGCGAAAGCACAGGCCCAGCACUGACCUGCAUGGCCGAGACACUGGAGAGCCUCUGUGUGCUCCAGGGCCUGCAAGGACUCCACCAGCUCCACCACCGUGCACCCACGAUCUCCCAGCAGCUUCAGGAGACUCCAGCUGGGACUGCCUUCUGGCUCCAGCACUUGGAGGGAACACUGCUCCAAAUCCAAAGGGCUACGGAGGAACAAAAGAAGGACAUGGCACAGACCUUCUUAACACUCUUUGCUCAGAAAGGAGCUGGGUUAACAAUCAAUUGAAGACAAACAAAAAGAUUUUAAAAAAUAGACAUAGGAAAUUCCUUGCUGAUUUGGACAUAUUUGUAGUAUUUCCUUCAAGUUUCGUGAGUUCAGAAAUUAUACAGUGACAGAAAUUGGAAUUAGUUAUUUGUAUGCUACAAGGUAAGAGAUGCGUGUACCUCACAAGUCUAACCAAAUGUACUGAGAAACCUUCUAAUUUUCACUUUUUAAGGUAUCAGCAGAAAAACUAGUACAGCACCCAUCAUUUCCAUGUGCCUAAUUCAGAAGCAGUAAAGAGCAACUCAGUGUCUAACUUCAAAGUGCAGGAAGACUGAUUUUAGUUUUUAGAACAAGCGAGUGGUGCAGCCCAGCCAAUCACACAUCGCUGCAGCGCAGUGAACUGCGCCUGAAGCUCUUAGUUUAAACUUUAGUGAAAAGUCUUCACGCACUUCCAACAACAGCAGAUUCAAAGGACUCAGAUAAUAAGGACAUGGAGACAGCUACAGAAAGGGAAUGCAAGUUUACGUAUCCCCACUAAAGAGAUUCAUCAACGUUUCUUUCA